GCCCCGCCCACAACACACCAAAUGACCGCUGACAACCGAGCGACAUCGGCGCCAUGGCUGCUGCCGCCGAUCGCGCUGCAGAUUCUGCACUACUUCGACGACACCGACGACGCACGCGCCUUUCUUUUAGCAGCGCCCAACGACAGCCUCGAUGACGCGCUCAAUGCGCUCCGGAUGCUCUUCGCCAUGGGCCUGGAGCUGCCGAUGUGGCCGACGCCACGCCUGUCGAGUCUGGACGCGGCCUAUCACGAUUGCCCCAACAUCGUCACGAAAGCGCUUCCUCUCUUCAAAACGAUAGCGGUCGAUUGCAGCCAGGACUGCUCGAGCAUUUGCCAAAUCACAGUCCUGCCACCGACGACCGUCGUGAGCGCUGUCGUCCAAUACGACGUCACCAGCGUCUGCACCGGCCUCGGUAAGUGGCUUCCGAAUCUCGUGAAUCUCAUGGUCACGACACCAUCCCAUGUGGACUUCGCGGCUGUCGUCAAGGACAGCCUCUCGUCGUGCCCGCGCCUGAGGUCGCUGACCAUAAACCAAGACGACGUGCUUACGCAAGAUACGUUUGACGCUGCGCUGAUCGCUGUUGUCGCAGCGUGCCCCCAGGCCGAACGCAUCGUCAUGAAUUCGACCAAACGCUCGCCCCUGUCGGACUGCAAAACGCUUCUCGCUUGGUUGGCGCUGCCGACUGCGCGCCAUCUUGAGCUCAAUGGCACCGACUUUCAAGGCGAGCCGAGUGCCGAGCUCGCGACGGCUAUGCUCACGUCGACUAGACUGGAGACAAUCGAGCUGCUCGAAGCCCCGAGCCUUGCGCGCGCGAUCUUAAGUCCAUCGUCGCCACCACUGCCCCGUCAACUGCGUCACCUGGCGAUUUGGGACUAUACGCGGGACAUGAAUGACGUCAGCCCACCGCUGGCUUUUGACGAAGCGGACAUGGCCGACCUCGCCGCCAAGAUCGCAAACUCCCACCUCAAAAGCUUGGAUUUGUGGCUUGAAGCUCCGUGCGAUGCCACGUCCGUCCUUUGUGUAUCGGCCCACAUACCAACACUGACCAAAUUAGCGGCCAGGAAGGCAACUCUGACCUCGUUUCCGCCUCUGACGCAGCUUUUGCAUCUCGAGUUGAGCUCGGUGACGCUCUCGGACAAGGCCGUCGAGUCACUAGCGGCACUGCUUCGCUCGUCGCCCAAGCUGGUACAGCUUCACCUUGGCAACGACCCGCUUCCGAUCUCCCAAGCCAAUACGAUCUUGCGCGCGCUACCGCAAUGGCUAAGCCACCGAGGUUCUGCAUGCGGCGUCCACCUUGCGAUCCAGAGCGAUGCGUGCGCCACUGCGUUUGCUGCAGCGCUGGCUCAGACGAGCAACACGCACAAGGUCAAGAUCACGGUCUCGGCUCGCGGUCUCUCGGUCAAAGCCAAGACACGCAUUGUCGCGGCGUUAGCGUCGACGUCGCGAAUGGCACUGGUUUUCAGCGGAUUCCAAAAUCUAAUGGAAGACGCAGAUCUGGAAGCAUGUGGACGGCAACACCAUUUGACGAUCGUGUAUCUCAAGCAGCACCCUCGGGACAUCAAGCACACCUGGUUCCACUCGCCACGCAAGUAAUAAAAUCGUUUCUCGCAAGGAGAGCCC